AUGAAAUCAUUCUCAGUAAUUACCGCUUUUCUCCUUGUUGCCGUCUGUCAAGUUUGGGCCUCUUCUGCAUCCAAUGGUAGAAAAUAUGCCGCUCGUGAUGAAGUCAAUGCGGCUGACGAUCAAUAUCAUGAAGCUUAUCAUCAUUGUGAUGAUUGGCACUGUUGGUAG